AGCUUCACGGGCACCAUGUGGCAGGCGCUGGCCUCGGACCCCCCGCUGACCUCUCAGGUGCUGGAGCUGCUGCUGGAGAAGAUCCACCGGGACGUCCCGUACAAGGAGAACAAGUCCUUCCUGCGCGGAAGCACCCCCGAGCGCGUGGCCACCCCCUUCCCGCUGGCCGCCACCUGCGCUCUGCACGAGAUCCUCUCCGUCCGAGAGUCCGGCCCGGCCGUGCUGGGCCUCUACGCGGAGCUCUUCGUGUCCCUCCUGCUCCGGGUCAGCUGCACGGUGGGCGUCCACCCGCCACGGAACCUGCCGCACAAGGACCGCAAGAGCCUCGGAGGCAAAGGCGGAGGGCAGGCCCCUCGCGCGCUGGACCCCUGCAGAUGUUUUCUUAAUAUCUCUCUUUGCCCCCAAUAUGACAGCGCCAUAGCAAAGCAUGCGGGGCCCAAGCUGCCCUUGAUCGUGAAGCACCUCUCCCCGAUGCUCAACAGUCUCUACGACAGCCAGCGGCUGACCACCACUGCCUUCUUCGCAGAGCUUCUGGGCAGCAACGUGGUCAAUGACCUGGUCCUCUUGGAGUCCAUGAUGGACAGCAUGACCACCCGGCAGAGGGACUCCUGCAACGCCGUCCGCAUGCUAGCCCUCCGGGGCCUGGGCAACAUCGCCUCGGGAGCACCGGAGAAGGUGCGGAAGCACGGGGCCCAGCUCCUGGCCUCCAUGAUGAACGGCAUGGACGACAAGGAGGACCCGCACCACUCGGUGGCCCUGGAGGCCAUGUCCAGCCUCUCCAAGCUGCUGGCCCUCAUGGAGGAGAGGGACGUCCGCUCCAUGCUGCUCCACGUCGCCAUACGCAUACGGCCCUUUUUCGACAGCGAGAGGCCUGAGCUGCGCCGCUCGUCGGUGGUCCUCUUUGGGAACCUGACCAAGUUCAGUGCCGGGAGCAGCGAGGACGCCUUCUUCGAGCAGAUCCUCAACGGCCUGGUGACGCUUCUCCUCCACCUGCAGGACCCCAAGCCUGAGGUCAUCAAGGCCUGCAAGUUUGCGCUGCGCAUGUGCGGCCCCAGCAUGGGCUGCCCGGGCCUCUGUGACAUGUUCCAGAACCACCUCCACGAGGACCGUGGCCUCCAUUACGGCGAGUUCAUGAACGACGUCUGCAAGCACCUGAUGCAGAGCUACCCGGACACGCUGACCCGCCUGGUGGCCACCAACCUCUUCUACUUCAAGAGCAACUGGGCCGACAUCCGAGCAGCUGCCCCCAUGUUUGUAGGCUUUCUUGUCCUCCACGUCGACCAAGACCAUGGCCAGCAGCUGGACCUGGACGAGCUCAUUGCAGCGCUGACCGUUCUGCUGAAGGACCCUGUGGCCGCCGUGCGCAUGAAAGCGGCCGAGACGUUGGGCCGCCUGGUCAAGAUCGUUUGAGGGAGGGUCGCCUUCCUCUUCCCCCUCCGAGGGACCCAAGCGAGACACGGCUGUGAAGCCUGAAGGGACGGGACCCUCACUUUCCCCCCACGUCUUCCAGAACGACACAAUUGCACCUUGACCAACAUCCCCAUCGCCCAAAGGGAAGGAAGGCCAGUGGCCUGAGGACCCCCUCCACCCCCCAUUUUGGUAGUCUUCCAACGCACCUUUGGAUGGUGUGGGAGCCCCUCGGCAGAGCGAUGGACGCUUCUAGGGCUGCUCUCU